AUCAACUUACCCUAUCUACAUCAUCUAUAACUGAAUUCAAAUAAAUUCUCGACCUCUUUGGAACCAUGGCAUCACCCACCCACCACUGCAGAAGAUCCAGCCAAAUGUGAAACAAAGCAUCAGGAACACACAAACACCUUCAACCCAGUUGUCAAGAAGAUGAGUUGCAAAGCUCUUCUGUGUUCCACCUCUGUUUAUGAUUCUAAGAGGCUUCCAAAACUUCAGACUCAGAGGGCUCCAACAUUGCAGAUUAGGUGCUCAAAUUCGAGUCCAGACACGCCUUCAAUCACUGAAAAACUUGAACAUGAGGCUUCUAUGACUGGGGCUGCUUAUGAUUUCAAUAGAGCAACAACAUCGCUUACUCGUAAGUUGCUGUCUUCACCCAAGAAGGUAACUCUAGUAAGGCAUGGCCUUAGCUCCUGGAACCAAGAGAGUAGAAUUCAGGGAAGCUCAAACCUCUCUGUUCUAACAGAAACUGGAGUGAGGCAAGCAGAAAGGUGCAGAGAAGCCUUAGCAAACAUAUACUUCGAUCAGUGUUUCUCAAGUCCAAUAUGUCGUGCCAAGUCCACUGCUGAAGUCAUAUGGCAAGGGAGGGAAGGACCUCUGGUUUUCCUUGAUUCGCUGAAGGAAGCCCAUCUUUUUUUUCUUGAAGGCAUGAAAAAUGACACUACACUAACUUACAUUCAGUGUUUGGAGGCAGUGGAUGCUAGGAGGGAAUAUCCAAAGGAGUAUAUAACCUGGAGAGAAGAUCCAGCUAAUUUUAAUGUGAAUGGUGUCUACCCUCUUCGAAAAAUAUGGGCAACAGCAAGUGAGGCUUGGACAGAAAUCUUGUAUACACCUGGAGAACAUUUUUUGGUUAUCACUCACAAAUCAAUAUUGAGGGCACUCAUCUGCACGGCUCUUGGACUUAGCCCUGAGAGGUUCCGAGCAAUUGAUGUGAAUAAUGGUGGAAUAACAGUAUUCAAAUUCAAUACUAGAGGGGAAGCCAUGCUGCAAUCCUUGAACAUGACAGCCCACAUGUACAGCAAUCACAUCUAUCUUAACUGAAACUCCUCACUUAAGGCAUGCACAGAGAGAGUAGCAAAGAGAAGCAGAUGCUGCCACCUAAUGCAUUGCAGAACAGAUAUAUGAUCAUACGGGACACACAGGGAGCUAUUUUGACCUGCUUGAUUUCCAAUUGAGAGUUCCCACUUCGAAAUUAAGAAACUAGUCCAACAUAUUGUAAAGAAUGUAAGCAUCAGUGCUACUAUGUGUUGGAUUUAAGUGCUGCAAGCCAAGACUCCAGUGUACAGCUGCAGCUAUGCAGUGAAUUUCACUGCAGCAAGUCACUAUCCUGCACCAGCUAUACAUUGGUUUCGAGAAGACUUGCAUCCUUUUUGGCUUAAUAUUCUGUCAACUUCAUCAUUCAAUUUUUAUACUUUUAAUUUUUAAACCUGCCAUUUCUAUUUCA